AUGAAUACCAAUCAUGGGGCAGAUGAUGGGACGAGCCUGUCUGGGUUGGACAGAGGGGAAAGUUCUGGGUUUUAAGGGCAGAGUUAAGGGCUCAGAGGAUCGCCUCUAGCUCUGGUUGGGCAGAAAGCCUCCAAGUUCCUCUACUGCAGCUGCCUCCUGCCUAGGCCCCUGCCAUCAGUGCUGGGGGCUAGGGGGACUGAGUGGUAGAGCUUUGGGCUGGGGAAUCUCAUGCACUAUGGAAUCACCAGUCUUGCCAGCACCUCCUGCUCCAAACGGUAUGAAUUUGUAAAGUUCCCAGGAGGGGGAACGGAGGGAAGCCACAGCACCUGGGUCAGGGCUUGAGUCUCAAGCCAAAGCAUCUCAAGCAGAUAUGGCAGCCUCUGAGCAACUGUAGCUGGCUCCUCCAGGUGCAGCUGUGCUCGGAGGUGGUGCCCAGCGGCUUCGUGCAGGUAGGGUGGGAAAGGCUCGUCCUGAAGGUGUGCAGGGUUUGUGACCUCUGUGGGGAGCUGCCACCCUCCUCUGUGCUGCAUAGGGGUGGGCUACUGGCCUGAGAUGUCUCACGUGAGUCCUCCAAUGACUCUGCGUUCCCCUCCUUCAGCAGCUGGGAUUUCUUCUUGGGGUGCUGCUGCAGGGCAACCCACUGGUCAGGCCGGCUGGGGGAGGAAGCUGGGUACUUGGCUGCGACAGAGGGGGCCUUGUAGGCUACCUCUUUGGAGAAGUAGGUCCUUAGCCACAGCUCAGUGCACGGGGAGGGAGCCAUCCCAGCAGGAGCUGCUGGAGAGGAGAGAACCCAGGGGUUACAUUGGGCGUGUUCGAGAGGAGAGAGGGGAAGGAACUCGAGCUGGUCACUGGGUUUUGGAGCUGCAUGUGCAGAAGCACUGGACGGAAGGAAAGGAAAGCCUGCAAUAGGGCUGUGACCGUACCUGGAAUGUUGCGCUCCUUUCCCUCUGUGUCAUUGUACUGUGCCCAUCACCGAGGUAUCUGGGUACCACGUGACCAAAGACACCCAUGACUAGAGGCAGCGCCAAGAAGAGCAGUAACUGGGAGUUGGGGGUGCUGGAGAGACCAAUUCACAGCUGGAUGUCCAUCUUGGCACAGCAAGGGGGAGGGAUGCAGGAUAAAUCUACACACCUUACAAGAGGGUGAACCCCUUGGGAGAAGAGGGAUUAGUUAUGUGGGUGCCUGGAACUGAGACAAGGAACAAAGGGUUGGAAAUGAGUGAAGGAAAAGCCGCCCAGCAGUCCAGGAAUGCAGCCAUGGAGGUGCGACAGAAAGGGUAGGAACCCAUUGCAUGGACGGAUCCCUGUACAGGUCUGAACAUGCCCUGGAUGGGUGCUCAGCAUGACCCUCUAGGCAGUAUAACACAGAGGGGACUUACUAUGGCUUUCCCCUGAGGUCUGACGAUCCCAGGAGCAAGUCAUCUGUGGAGCCAAGUCCCAGGCUGCCUGAUCCCACCGUCGUCCAGCUCACGCCUCCAGCCGUCAGGCUCUCCCAAAGCACUCAGGGCAGAAGGGGGGGACCACAGGCAGCAUGGGGGCAGGAGUCUGGACUAGAGCCUCCCAUAAGCCAUGCAGUUCCCAAAGCCAAAUUUCAUCUCUGAGCGUGAGGGGGCUGGUGGCAGGCCAGAGAGGCGCUCGCCUGUGAAAAAAUCGGGCAAUGACCCAAAUUCUGACCCUCUGCUGUUGGUUUUGGGACCUGUGGAGAAUUAACUAAUGUCUUGGGGCGUUCCCAGAGGGCCGGUGUCCACUGCCCCUCUUGUUCCCAGGGGCUGAACCCCUCUGUCUUGCUAUGGGGGCUGUUGUUUGGCAGAGGGGGAGCUCCCGGUGCUGGCUGUGCUACAUGUGGUGGGAGGACAAAGGUCUGCAGGCCUCUCAUCAGCCCAUCCUGGGAUCCCCCAAGGAGCUGAGGGAUCGAGGCUGGUUCUAGUGAAAAGGCCCUGCCUGGCAGUGCUAAAGGCCCGUCCUGAGGGCUGCUCCUACCGCUGCUACAUCCAGGGGUCUCCCCAUCGCCGGAUCAGACAGCCACUGGGUCUCUCAUUGUCUGGCUCGGGGCAUAGCCAAUCCCUGGCUCGGGGCUUACUGAACCGACAGGGAGGGUGAGACCCCACAUCCACCGGGACCAGGCUGAUCCCUUGUCCCCUCCCUGCCCCCGUGGAGCUACUCACCUCCAGUUGCAUGUGCGGAGCCCACGGCAGUGCCCCUGGCCAUCAGUGCUGAUGGAUCCGGUUCAAUGGGCAGGCUGGAGGAGGAGGAGGAGGAGACCUCAUCGUUGGUCUGCCCAGAGGGAACAAACAGGGUCAGCACAGCAGUCAGAUGCCAUGAGCUUUGGCUCCCUAGGCCUGUUCCUUGAGGAAUGCUCUGAGCACUGCUGUGCCCCUGGCCUAAGCUUUCAUGGCCACCAUGCCCUUGUCCAACAGCUGUGUGCAGUCCUGGCAGGCUGGGCCCCUCUCACCUCCUGGCUCCAUCAUUUCAGUGCCCACUGCCAAUCGUGCUGCUAAAUUGCUUUCUCUGAGAAGCUCAUGGGGCAGCCAGGGUCACCCUUGGGAGCCCUGUGGCAUCCAGGAUUGCAAGAUGUGCCCUUAGUUGAGAGGGAGGCAGGGAGUUCUGUUCUUCUCCGCAGCCACUUGCCGGACUCCACAGGUCAAAGUCUCCAGGGACACGUUCCAGGAUACAAUGCCUAUUGCUCCUGUCCCCCAGGCUGAGAUCCUGCCCCCCGACACUGAGCUGGGCAAUUUAGCACCCCAAAGAGCCCACCUGCUACCUCCAGGGUAAGCAACAUGCCGCUAACAACAGCCACGCUCAGAGGCCCAAGAUAAGAGAAGUGAAACGCCUGGCUGGCCAGAGAGACGCCACGUACCGUAUACAAGGAAGGUGAUUGGGACUCAGGAUAAACCUUGUUUCUUCGGCCCUUCAUGCUGCUGUGGAGCUUAGUGAAGAGGGACCGUGGUCCUUGGAUGCUGAAUGCCUUUUUGCUGCCAGGAGACAGGAUCUGCAUGAACUGGAGGUCGAGCUGCAGCUGCCCUCGCACCUUGUCAGGUCUGCCACGCCUGGAUUGCAGCCUGAACCAUCUGCGCCAGACAACGCCAUGAACCAUGAGGAAGCUGCUCGAGCCUUCACUGCUCUAUUUGUCCCAAACUCACAGGGCUCAGCCCACUAAGGACUGGGGAACAGCUGUGUCAGGGGAAGGCAGAGCCGGCCCAGGAAUUGGUCGGGGCGAUGGAGACAGUGGUGCAUGGCAGUGAGGACGAGACUGAGCUCCUCUGCAUCCUCCAGCCUGCUGGGCAGCUGGAGUGUGCACUCCUCCCUCCACUCGGGGGUCAGGCUGUGGGGCACCACUGACGUCAUGUAUUUCUGCUUUUGCAGCUGAAUGACCACGUAGGGGCUGCUGGAGCCAGCACCCCCUUUGGCCCGCAGUGACCGAGCCCUCAGGACGGUCACACGAAGUGCUGGUACCACACGUUGGUCUAAUUCUCCAUGGCAACAGCACAGGCCCCUCAUGUGACCUGUGACCCUGGCAACUGCCUCCUUGACUCUUCCCUAGCCUCUGCGCCUGGGAGCUACGGCUGCGGCAUGGGCAGCGUGGGCAGCUUGGUGGAGAAGCAGGACUUGACGCCUGUGGAGCUGCGGGCGGUGCUGGGGGGCUCGCGGGGGCUCCGGCAGCCGGACGGCCUGCUCCGGAAGGGCCCGAGCCAGCGGGAGCUCUUCAGCUACUUGCACAGCGCCAGGAAGGAGCCCCGGGCCGAGAGGAAGCACCAGGCGCUGGGGGCGUCCUGUAACCGGGACUACGAGAGCGACCGUGAGAACCGGUCCCCUGACCGCUACUCCCGCGAGCACCACCGGGGGGCAGACUUCUCCAAGAGCUCGCUGCCGGAGCGGGGCCGCUUUGACAAGUGUCGGAUCAGGCCAUCGGCCUUCAAGGCAGUGGCUGGGAAAGGCCUGGUUUCCAUGCAGGGUCUGGCCUCAUCUAAAGGGCAGAAGCUGUCGAAGAGCAAUGGGAGCCUGCACACCCUCCUGUCCCAGAGCAGCACCAGCACCGGUGCCUCCUCCCAGCAUGGCCACAUGCGCACCCACCUGCUGCACACCAUCAGCUUAGACGAGGCCUCCAAUUCCAGCCACAACUCCAUCCAGAGCUUCCCCAUCUACCCUCCCCACUUCAAACCUGCCCAGGGCCAGUUCAGCGCCUCCAUGGGCCACAUCAACCACAUUGGGGGCUCCCUUGACAGGGCCUCCUGGGGCCCCAGAGACCCCCUGACAGUGGAGAAAGCACCUCUGUCCUGCAAGAGCAUGGCCACGCUAAGCCGUCUGCAAAGCUCUGGGGAGCCCCCACCCCCCUACGAGUUCACCUACUCCCUGGAGGACGUGGUGAAGCAGCUGGAGGACCGGCUGCAGGAGAAGAGUGGGGAGCUGUGGCAGUUGAAGAGGAGCCUUAGCGAGACUGAAGACCCCUUCACGCAGGUUUUCGAGGACAAACAGCAUCUGUGGAUGGAUGCACUGGACGAGCUGAAGCAGAUGUAUGUCGCCAAGCUGCAGCAGGUGACCCAGCAGGCCCAGCGCAGCCAGCGGGCACUGCAGCUGCAGCUCUACAAAGCGCAGCAGGAGAAGAAGCGGCUGCAGGAGGAGCUGAGCCUGCACCAGGGCCAGUGCGAGGAGCUGAGGCAGUGGCAGCAGCAGUGUGAACGUGUCAGCCCCAAACUAGAAGAGACCAGGUGGGAGGUUUGUCAGAAGGCAGCUGAGAUCUCACUGCUCAAGCAGCAGCUUCGAGACUCCCAGGAGGAGAUGGCCCAGAAAGUCAGUGAGAUCUUCAGCUUGAAGACCCAGCUGCGGGAGGCCCGGGCAGAGGUGCAAGCCAAGGACUCUCAGCUGGCCCAGCUAGGGGACUCCUUCCAGGCCCCACCAGAGCCCAGCUCCUCCCUCCCUUUAGGGGAUGCUCCCAUGCCAGUCUGCCAGGACUUCUCUGGCUGUGAAACUGAUGACUCCAAGUCUUGGGGUCUUCACAGCGAGAGUGGUGAGCCCCCGGAGAGGCAGGUGGAGUGGCUGUGGGCAGAGCUGCUGCGUGAGCGGCGUCAGGGCCAGCUGAAGGCUGUGAACUUUGAGCUGGAGCGGAAAACCUGGCAGGAGGAGAAGGAGAAAGUGCUGCGCUACCAGAGGGAGAUCCAGGCAAGCUACAUGGAGAUGUACCACCGCAGCCAGGCUUUGGAAAGGGAGCUGCGGCAGCUGCGGGCUGAGCCCAGAGAUGCUGACGCAGACUCACCCUGGAUCGAGAGAGUCGAGUCUUCAAAAAUCUGAAUGGGAAGCCAGCAGCCUGGACUGGGAAGGAGCGAGAGCUCUUGGGAUGGUACCCAGGCUGCACCAUGGACUGACUGGGCUAGCCAAGGGGGCUUCUCCAUUCAGACCGAUGAUGCUGUGAGCACUGCAGGUCCAUCCCUGGGGAAGUCUCAGGAGCAAGUGUUAUUUCUGCCUCUGCAGCAGGGGCCUGUGCUCCAACAGCUGCCUUGGGCAGGGCAAGUUUGCACCAUGAUUUUUACUGUCUGCCAAACAGAAGCCCAGCAUCAAGUGGGAUUUCCUGUUCCUCCUCCCCCAUCCCCUGCUGCUUCCUACCCUAGCAAGGGCUCUGGCCCCGCUGGGGAGAUGCCCAACUUCCUCUCCUUACACUGUCCAAGCUGCAUGCCUGCCAGUCUUGCUGCAUGUCCUUCACACUGAGGCUGCACUGCUCACUGGCCCCAGCAGAGAGCUGCGGCAGACUAAACCUGCCCUGCUGUGCCAGUGCUGGGUGCCCAUGCAGGUAGCCUGGCCUUGGGGCUUGAGGCCUGGGAAAUGUGAAACACGGAUGCUGCGGAGCACUUCCUGCCGGGGCUAGAGCUGCCCUGGCACCUGGCUCUGCUGGAGUCUCUGCAACAGGAGAAAAGGAGAGCCUAGAGGGCUCAUGCCACGGGGGACAGGUGCAGGGGCUUUGCAGACCACCCAGGGCUGUGGCCUCUGUGCUGGGGCUUCUCGUGCUGCUUCGGAGCUGGGUCGGUAUCCUGACCUAGAGAAGGGGAGAUGGAAAGCAGCUCCUGCCAGAGAGCAUGCACCAUCGCUUAGACCUAUCCUUGCCCACCCUCCCCCGUUCUGGUCCAGCUGAUGUCUGGGUAUGAAGCUUUCCCGUGAGGCAGUAACACAUGCCUAGUGAGAUGAGAUAAGUGAAGAACCUUUUCCCCCACCGGCCCGGCCCAGCCCAGGGUGAGGGGAGGGAUGGGACCUGCCUGUGUAGAGCGAGAGCCCACAGGAGAGCACCUGGUGGGGUCACAAGCACAAGUGCAAUCAGGGGGAAGUGUGGUCAGCUUUCCCCCCAUUCAGCUGCAGAGCACAGCCCAGAACGUAGGCUGUGGCUUGGUGCUGAGGGGUGGGCAGGGGCAGGCUAGCACCAUGGGGUGGGGCAGGGGGCUGGCUGCUGGGUGCUCUGGAUAUGAAGGUCCAGGCCUGGCACGGCUCUGCUCAGCCUCUCCUGGAAUAAAUCUGAAUUUGGUA